AAGCGUUUCCAACUUUCCAGAAGUUUCUCAGGACAGGGAGGAGGGGGCGGGGCCAACCAUAUAUAGCUCCUGGGCGCGGGGCGGAGGGCGGAGUGGAGCCUGAGUGCCAACGAGAGAUAGGAACCCGGUCCGUCCGGCGCAGCCCAGCCCGGCCAGCCCUCACAGGUCUUCUGUGGUGGUGCACACAUCCCACCUCCCAGCCAUGCGCUCUCUCUUCCUGGGCACCUUCUGCCUCCUGGCUGUGGCCCUGGCGGCAGAGGUGAAGAAACCAGCAGCGGCAGCAGCCCCUGGAACAGCGGAGAAACUGAGCUCCAAAGCCACCACUCUGGCACAGCGCAGCAUGGGCUUGGCCUUCAGCCUGUACCAGGCUAUGGCCAAGGACCAGGCGGUGGAGAACAUCCUCCUGUCACCCUUGGUGGUGGCCUCAUCUUUGGGGCUUGUGUCGCUGGGCGGCAAAGCCACCACAGCAUCACAGGCGAAGGCGGUGCUGAGUGCAGAACAGCUGCGGGAUGAGGAGGUGCACACAGGGCUGGGUGAGCUGCUGCGCUCGCUCAGCAACUCCACGGCCCGCAAUGUGACCUGGAAGCUGGGCAGCCGUCUGUACGGACCCAGCUCUGUGAGCUUCGCAGAUGACUUUGUGCGCAGCAGCAAGCAACACUAUAACUGCGAGCACUCCAAGAUCAACUUCCGGGACAAGCGCAGUGCCCUGCAAUCCAUCAAUGAGUGGGCCUCACAGACUACCGACGGCAAGCUGCCCGAGGUCACCAAGGAUGUGGAGCGCACCGAUGGGGCCCUGCUGGUCAAUGCCAUGUUCUUUAAGCCACAUUGGGAUGAAAAGUUUCACCACAAGAUGGUAGACAGUCGUGGCUUCAUGGUGACGCGCUCUUACACUGUGGGUGUCACGAUGAUGCACCGGACAGGUCUUUACAACUACUACGAUGAUGAGAAGGAGAAGCUACAGGUCUUGGAGAUGCCGCUGGCACACAAGCUCUCCAGCCUCAUUAUCCUCAUGCCCCACCAUGUGGAGCCGCUUGAGCGUCUGGAGAAGCUGCUGACCAAAGAGCAGCUGAAGGUCUGGAUGGGGAAGAUGCAAAAGAAAGCUGUUGCCAUCUCCCUACCCAAGGGAGUUGUGGAGGUGACCCAUGACCUGCAGAAACACCUGGCUGGACUGGGCCUGACCGAGGCCAUCGACAAGAACAAGGCAGACUUAUCGCGCAUGUCUGGCAAGAAGGAUCUAUACCUGGCCAGUGUGUUCCAUGCCACCGCCUUUGAGUGGGACACUGAGGGCAACCCCUUUGACCAAGACAUCUAUGGGCGUGAGGAGCUGCGCAGCCCCAAGCUGUUCUAUGCUGACCAUCCCUUCAUCUUCCUGGUGCGAGACACCCAGAGCGGCUCCUUGCUAUUCAUUGGGCGUCUGGUUCGGCCCAAGGGUGACAAGAUGAGAGACGAAUUGUAGGGUCCCAGGGUGGGCAUGGGAUGGCAGGAAGUAACCGAAGGUUAUGAGACACAUGGGUGCUAUUGGGGGCGGGGGGAGAUACCAGCCUUGGAUAUCCAUGGGGUGGGGGAGGGGGUGGAAAAGCAGACCUGGGGCUCCCAUGUGUCUGAGCGGACCUUCCUAGCUAGAAUCCACUCCGCUAGAACAUGGGGUCCAGAUACCAUGACUUGCAAAGCCUGGGGACCCCACAGUCAUCCUGUCCUGCCCUCAAAGUUCUAGAUCCAGUCUGCCUCAACCAGUCAAUCAGUGUUCAUAUUUAUGGCCAAGUCCCUAUUUGUGAGACAAUCGAACUGAGGGCAGGGCAGCCUAGCCCUCUCUGUCACCAUCCCUUCAGCCCUUCCCAGCUCCUCUGCCCCUCUCCCAACGUCCUUUAACCACAAAACUAGGUGCUGCAGCCCCAGGACCGGGCACCCCUAAAAUGACCCUUGCCUGGCAAUGAGUGUUGGGAGACAUUGCAUAGGAGCAGCUCCCUGACACGCUCUCUCCAAGCCGCUACAUUGAGCAAUGCAGGGAUGAACUUUUGUUUUUCUCCUUUUCUAGUUUUUCAAAGAUGGGGGAAGGAAGAGGGAACGUGAGCCUUUGUUGCUUUCAAAAUGAGAAUUUAUUUGUACAAUUUUUUUUUCAAUAAAACUUUUUCCAGUGAAA